ACGUCAGCUCUGAUAGGUGGACGCGAUCGAUGCGGGUCUACAUGGGUGAAACGGUCUGCAUACGUCAUCACCUGGAACCAACAUGGCGGCCGCCGUGAAUUGCAGUCAGAGGCAGUUUGUCAGAAAACUUUCACAGUUAUGGUGCCACAGGUUUGCGGGCCUCCGGUCCUACUCCACUCCUCACUCCCAGUUCUUCGCUCCGUCUGAAGGCAUCAUGCUGCCGGCAGGAAGUUACAACAACAAAGUGGCUUUCAUCACCGGAGGCGGUACCGGACUGGGCCGAGCCAUGACCGGUGUUCUGUCCCAGCUUGGAGCCCAGUGUGUCAUUGCCAGCAGGAAGCUGGAGGUCCUGCAGCAAACGGCCACUGAGAUCAGCAGCCAGACCGGAAACAAGGUCCAUGCGGUCCAGUGUGAUGUCAGAGACCCUCAGGCCGUCUCUCACUGCGUUGACCAGAUGGUGGAGCUGACUGGACUUCCUGAUGUGAUCAUCAACAACGCUGCAGGGAACUUCAUCUGUCCCUCAGAGCGCCUGACGGCGAACGGCUGGAAGAGCAUCACCGAUAUCGUUCUCAACGGGACGGCGUUCGUCACUCUGGAGCUGGGAAAGAGGCUGAUCCAGAACCAGAAAGGGGCCUCCUUCCUCGCCAUCACCACCAUCUACGCUGAGUCCGGCUCUGGUUUCGUUGUCCCAAGUGCGUCAGCCAAGGCUGGAGUCGAGGCUCUUUACAAGUCUCUGGCUGCGGAGUGGGGGCGCUACGGCCACAGAUUUAACAUCAUCCAACCGGGACCAAUCAGGACAAAGGGAGCCUUCAGCCGCCUGGAUCCGACCGGAACCUUUGAGAAGUCCAUGAUUGGUCGUAUACCGACGGGUCGGCUCGGAAAACCAGCAGAACUCGCAAACCUGGCCGCUUACCUGAGCAGCGACUACGCCAGCUGGAUGUCUGGAGCUGUGAUCCGUUUCGAUGGAGGAGAGUACGUAUCGAUGGCAGGAGAGUUUAACGAGCUCCGUAAGGUGACGGACGAUCAGUGGAAGAUGUUGGAGACGAUGAUCAGAAGCACUAAGGGGUCGUAGGAAAUGCUGCUAACUCAUUAGACCGUGUCAACCACUCAGAUCACAGCGUGCAGAGUC